GGCGAAGGGGCCAGAUCUGUGCGCUCCGUGCUGCCUGCGCGGUGGAGAAAGCCAGCGGGAGCCCAGAACCCGGGGACCCUCGUCCCCGCCCGGCCUGGCCAGGCGCCGCGCUAUGGAGUUCCUCUGGGUUCCUCUCUUGGGUCUGUGCUGCAUUCUGGCCGCUGCUGAUCGCCACACCGUCUUCUGGAACAGUUCAAAUCCCAAGUUCUGGAAUGAGGAUUACACAGUACAUGUGCGACUGAAUGACUACCUGGACAUCAUCUGUCCGCAUUAUGAGGAUGACUUGGUGGCAGAUGCUGACAUGGAGCAGUACACGCUAUACCUGGUGGAGCGUGAGGAGUACCAGCUGUGCCAGCCCCAAUCCAAGGACCGGGUCCGCUGGAGAUGCAACCAGCCCAGUGCCAAGCGUGGCCCAGAGAAGCUGUCUGAGAGGUUCCAGCGCUUCACACCUUUCACCCUGGCCAAGGAGUUCAAAGAAGGACACAGCUACUAUUACAUCUCCAAACCCAUCCACCGCCAAGAAGACCGUUGCUUGAGAUUGAAGGUGACUGUCAAUGGCAAAAUCACUCACAGUCCUCAGGCCCAUGUCAACCCACAGGAGAAGAGGCUUGCAGCAGAUGACCCGGAGGUGCAGGUUUUACAUAGCAUCGGUCACAGUGCUGCCCCCCGCCUCUUCCCACUUGCCUGGACUGUGCUGCUCCUGCCACUGCUGCUGCUGCAAAUCCAGUGAAGGUGCAUGCCACAUCUGGCCUUACGGAUUAGAACUGGACUGAGGGGACGGGGCAGGCACCCCGCACCCAUCCUGGGGCUACUCCCAAAGCCUCAGUCAUGGGAACUACUCCCACCACAUGCACAAGCUGUCACGCAGUGACAAAAUGGGUCAGUAUUAAGGGUUUCAACCCAAAGGAGGUCGACCAGCCUGGUAGGGCCAUCUCCACCUCCACCUCUGAGGGACGGAGAAAGAAGCGGGGACAGUCCUUCCCCACCACUCCUACCUUUAAGCCAAAGAAACAAGCUGUGUAGACAUGGUCCCUUAAAAAGGGCACAGUUGGGAGCUGAGCUGGAAGAGGCCUGGGGCCAUGUGGAUGGACAGAGCUUGGCAAAGAUGCUCCUCCGAGAGAGGGAGGUGGGAUGUCCACAUGAACUGACUGAAGGAAAAGAAAGUUUCCUGCUUGAGAGCCAGAUAACAGAAGAGGUGGCAUGCUUGGGCUGACCCAGCAUUCUCCAGCAAGACUUCUGUGGAGCUGCCACAGAGAGGUUUGUAGCCAGGCACUGUGUUCUCCCCCCAUCCUGGGGCAACAGAGCUGUCCCAGCAGGGGAGCUGUGCCAACCUGUGCUUGGAGUGUAGCUGUAAGGGCAGUGCCCAUGUGUACAGUCUGCCUAGAGUGUAGCCUAAGGGCAGGGCCCACGUGUACAGUAUCUGUAUAUAAACUUGCUGUGUGUCUAUGCGGAUUUCUACAACUGGAGUUUUUUUUAUACAAUGUUCUUUGUCUCAAAAUAAAGCAAUGUGGUUUUUUUUGGA